AUGAAGAAGCCAGCAGCAGCCGAAGAUGCACCCUUGCCAAAGGGUACCGAAGCCAAGAAGCGACCAAGCGGUUCGCCCUCGGAAGAGGGCUUGGAGCCCUUGAGAAAGAAGGCCUCCUUGGCAAAGGGGGCAGGCCUCACCGAUGAGAAGCUGCAAGCCCUCAAGGAGAUGUCCCUCAAGGAGAAGGUCGCCGCCAUUGCUGCCGAGAAUCCCGAGGAUGUCGAGGCAGCCACAGAGGCCUUGGGACAGGUCGUCACCCCCGCCGAGAAGCAGGGCCUGUGGCAGAAGCACAAGACCUACCUCAACAACAACCCCUCGGAAAAGGGUGAGCACGAGCAGCUGAGCAAGAAAGAAAAGGGCGAGGCCAUCUUGUCCUGGUUCUUGCGAAAGAGCCCAACCUAUGCUGUUGAGAAACACAGCCGCGAGGCAAAGAGUACCCUUGAGAGAAAGGACAAGUGGCUCUCGCAGAAGCAGGUCGAUGGCAAAUGGACCGAGGCGGAGCAGGGCAUGCUCAUCGAGUCCGGGAGGCUCAUCUGGCGAGAAGACCCGACAACCCCAGGGCUCUACGAGUACAAGGACACUCAAGACUUCGUGGGCCGCCACAGUGUCUCCGACCGGUCCUCUUGGGAAAGAGUCAAAGAGGAGCAGCUCGCAGACGAGAAAAGCUGGGAGGAUGCCUUGGGAAAGGACUUGGGUGCCUUUCUUCGCAAGGUGUCCUUGUCAAAGGGUCUCGUAGACCCGAAGACCAGCAAAACUGUGCAGGUCGAUGCCACAGUUUUCCUGCCACAUGUUCUUUUCUCGUCUCUCGACGACUACGACAUGUUCCCCGACCUCUUCAGCUUGGCGAAUUUGGAAAAGUUCUGGAGUCUUGCAGAGAAGACGGGUGACGACAGGCUGAAACAACACCCCUUGUUAAAGGGGCCUGGCUGGAAGGAGAAGACUGUGCCACUUUUCGUGCACGGUGAUGCUGCCGAGUUCCAGUCCCGAGAUUCGCUCAUGAUCUGGUCCUUUGGGUCUUUGUUGUGUGGCCUUUCUUCUUUGCUGUCUCACUUCAUGCUGGCAUGCUUCCCGAAGUCUUGCUCCACUGCAGGUACCUGGGAUGCCAUCAUGAAGUGGGUGGCGUGGAGCUUCGAGGCCCUUGGCAAAGGGCAACACCCGACCCAUGACCCGGAGGGCAAUCCCUUGAAAAAGGGUUCUCCAUUUUUCGAGAGCAGGGGCCAGCCCUUGACAAAUGGCGGCUACAAGGGUGUUAUCUGGAGCAUUCAGGGCGACCAGGAAUUUUUUUCCAACACCCUCGGCCUCCCGCAUUGGCGAAAUGCGAGCCCCUGUUGGCUGUGCGAUGCAAAGCUCAGCACAGACAAGCCUGAAAAAUCUGUGAAGACCUUGGACAUUUGUAAGCAGGACUACUGCUUCACCACGAACCGGCAGGCGAUGGAGAGUCCUCGAAGCAAGCACCCACUCUUCGGCUUGCCAGGGUGCUCGUCGCACAUGGUCCGUGGUGAUGCACUACACAUCCUAUUCUGUAAGGGUGUCUACAGCCACUUUUUAGGCUCCGUUCUGCACUACCUUUGCUGGUACCCCUCCCUUGCAAAAGGGAAGGCCUCUGGGAAAGGAAAGGGCACUGCUUGCAAAUCCCCAGCUGAACGUUUAGCACUGAUUUUCGAGCUCAUCCAGGCUAAGUACAAGGCACUGGGCUCGCCAACCCGCUUGACCAACCUCAAGCUCUCGAUGUUCGUUGACAAGCAAAAGCCUCAUCAAAGCCCUCCUUUCCUGGAGAUCAAAGGCGCGGAGGGCAAACACCUCCUGCCUGCACUUGCGAAAGUGUGCCAGGAAGGCCUUCUCGACGAAAAAAUCCCUUGCGAAAGGGAGAUGUCCAGAGCCUUGAGGGCCAUGGACAAGCUUGUCCAGCUCUGGGACAUGUCCGACAUGUUCUUGUCUCACAAUGAUUUUGUAAAAAAUCUGGAGUUUGCAUCUGAGUUUUUGCAAGCCUAUGAAGCUCUUUCACAGUGGGCUCAGGAGCAUGAGAAGCUUCUUUUCCACACCGUUAUGAAGCAUCACAUGCUCAUGCAUUUGGCCCGAGGUGCAAAGCACCUGAAUCCUCGGAGCCACUGGUGCUUUAAGAGUGAAGACUUUGUUGGCCGGGUUGCUGCACUAACACAUAGUGUCAGCAUGGGGGUGAAAUCCACCAACCUUUGCAAAAAGGUUGCGCCCAAAUACCGGAUUUUGCUGCACAUGCUUCUGACUCGUGAAGGGUUCGACCAGAUGCAGAGGCAAGUGCAGCCUGUCCAGGACGAUUGA